UACUACAGAGUCGAUUUUCCAACGCCCACCCGCUCAUAUCCGCCACCGCUAUUGGGUCUUCGGUGGUGUUAUCUCUCCUCCUAUUGUCUUUCCUCUGUCGGAAAAGCUGAAGAAGGCGUUGACAAAAAGGGAGCUCCCAUUGAUGAAGCUUCUACUCCAGCUUGGAAUGCUCCAAUCUCCGGCUCACCCCCGGGCAUGCGGACUUCGCUGCUUGAAGCUCAGGCCAAGAGUCCCAUUCUCAGAAGUUCGAGCCGUGGACAUGGCGCACCGUCAGGAAAUGGCGUGUCUUGACUACGCCCGCUGUCUCACCUGUAUUCAUACCACCCAUCUCGUGAGGCGUUUCUGCCACUGGACCCACACCGAAUUUUCAGCAAGGCGCUCAUGCCAUUGCAGACUGUGAGGAAGCAGAGCCAUCUCAUAUCACUCGCUGGGACAGGGCUCCGAUUGGGGUUGGCAACUAGGCUGCCGACUGCUCAACAAAGGUCGUCGUCGGUGCUGCUGGCUGCUUGGUGUUGUUGGUUGUUUGGUGUCGCUGGUUGUUUGGUGUUGUUGGUUGUUUGGUGCUGCUGCCUGCUUAGUGUCGCUGCCUGCUUGGUAUCUUUGGCCGUGGGUGCUGCUGGGCAUUGCUCGGUACUGCUGGGUGCUGCCGACCGGGCGGUCCAGCAACAUCAUCGUGCCACCGCGGCUUGGCCUCUGGUGCUGCUGGCGGACGGUGCAGCGAUAUCGUCGUGUCAAGGUGUGGUUGAACUGCUCGCGACUCACCCGUCGUGGCGGCCGAAUACCUCGGGGACCUGCGUACGACCUUUGGGCCUGCAUUGUCCAUGAGUGAUGCUGAUUUGGAAAGGGCACCGGCAUCACCUUCGUAUUCAUCCUGGAGAAAUUGAAGCAAAAAGGAUAACAGUCUGCUAGCCAAGCAUUUGGUCGUUUCAGUCACGCCCUCCGAGUCGCCAAUAGCGCGGUCAAGAUGUUGAAUUUGAAGGCGGACGAGCAUCGCUGGUUUGGAGGUCGGGAGGUGGGAGGGAGCAGAGAGCACAAUUGCAGUCGAGGACGAAUCACUUUGCCCAGAUCAACAACACCUUGCACUGCCAGAACUCUUAUCACAUUGGCAUGCGUGACAAUGGCUUCUUCUGGCAACAACAUCGGUUUGUUAUUUGCAUUGGGCUCUCUGCCCUUGCCUCUUGCCGUUGGCAUGUUGAGAAUCUCCGGUCUUGAAGGAUAUCUGAAUCUUCAAAGGAUGAAUUGAUGCUUGAAAGUGAUAAGGUAGCCGACGAAUGUUUUGGUGUCGUUGAUAUAAAUCGGGGAGUUUUACGAGCUGGCUUUGGGACUCUAAAAAUAUCGUUUAGAUCACCGGGGAGGGCAACUGGUUUCCCACCAGCACGUCAGGCAGAGAGAGGUUCACUGUUAU